GAUAAAGUCUGCUUUAUUUGGAUGAACAAGCUUGAUCAUUUCUCUGAGUGGAGAUGAAGCCGGAGCACCAGGAUCUGGUCCUGCAGGCCUGCGGGGCCUCCUCCCUGUGUGUGGGGGCAAAGAUCCAGACGCUGUGGAGCGGGUACGGGGAGAUCGUGCGGCUGCAGUUGCAGGGCUCUGAUUGGCCGUCUGUGGUCCUCAAACACGUCAAGUUUCCAGAGGAGGCGGAGCAUCCCGGCGGCUGGAACACAGAUCGCUCACACACACGUAAAGUGAGAUCCUACCAGGUGGAGACUCACUGGUACCAGAACUUCUCCACCAAUCAGAGCUGCAGGACCCCCGCCUGCCUGGCUGCUCGUUCCUAUGGAGAUGAGAUGCUGAUCGUGCUGGAGGACCUGGAUGUGGCCGGGUAUGAUCAGAGGAGGACCAGCGUGAAGGACCGAGAAAUAAAUGCUUGUCUCAGCUGGCUGGCCCACUUCCACACUCUCUUCCUGGGGGUGGAACCUGAGGGUCUGUGGCCCGUCGGCACAUACUGGCACCUGGAGACCCGGCCCGACGAGCUGGAGGCCAUGGGCCAUCCCGAGCUGAAAGCAGCAGCCGGGGACAUCGACAAGAUCCUCAACGAAUGUCGCUUCAAGACAAUCGUUCACGGAGACGCCAAGUUAGCCAACUUCUGUUUCUCCGAAGGUGGGCGGGACGUGGCAGCGGUAGACUUCAGUAUGUGGGAGGAGGCUGUGGGAUGA